AUGAAGGAAACUUCACCUGACGAACCGUAUAUAGAUCGCCUUCGUUCUUGGGCACAAUCCAAAGUUCAUGGCGGCAACCGUAGCACGGCGAGACGAGCGACUCCCAACUCCAACCCAGACCUUCUUCCCAUAACUAACAACCCUACAAACCGUACCAACUCGACUCUCGACACCUCCGCGAGCAGUCACAACGCCAAGGCCAGCGACCAUGCCGUCCUCCAGCCUUCCAGCAGCAGUCAUGUCGGCCUCGGUCUCGGCGUCGAUGCCAACGGCGGCGCAGGCGGCAGUAGCUUCUCCUCAAAAGACAAUGGGCCGCAUAACGGUCCUGGAGGAGGCCUGCCUGCCGAUAAGUCACCGCAGGCUUCACGGAAGGGGUCUCAGUUAGAUUCCGGGCCCCCCUCCCAGAACGAAAAGUCAGAAGAAAACGGGACAGACACAGGCGAGGACAAGGCUAAGGAAAAGCCCAAUGUCCUCAGGCGCUUCGUCCAUGUCUUCAGGAAGGUCAUCUUCCACAGCUGGAUCAACGUCCUGCUGGUCUUCGUCCCCGUCGGCAUCGCCGUCAACUUCGUACCUGGCAUGAGCCCCGGUGUGAUCUUUGCAAUGAAUGCCAUCGCCAUCAUCCCGCUCGCCGGCCUCCUCAGCCACGCGACCGAGACAGUGGCCCAUCGCUUCGGCGACGCCAUCGGUGCCCUGAUGAAUAUCACCUUUGGCAAUGCUGUGGAACUCAUCAUCUUCAUUGCUCUUGUAAAGGAUGAAAUCCGUAUUGUCCAAGCAUCCCUUCUGGGGUCUAUCUUGGCGAACCUGCUUCUCAUCCUGGGCAUGUGCUUCGUCUUGGGAGGUCUACGCUUCCGCGAGCAGAUCUACAAUAGCACCGUGACGCAGAUGAGCGCCUGCCUGCUAAGUCUGAGUGUCAUCAGUCUCGUUUUGCCGACCGCCUUCCAUGCCUCUUUCAGUGAUAACGACAAAGCAGACGAGCAGUCUCUCAUCAUCAGUCGAGGUACCAGCGUGGUGUUACUCCUGGUGUACAUCAUAUAUCUGGUCUUCCAGCUGAAGUCCCAUGCCUACAUGUACGAGUCAACGCCACAAGAUGUCAUCGAUGCGGAAUCCACUCCCGGCCCGGCGGUCGCGUGGUUCGACUCCUCCAGCUCUGACGACAGCUCCUCUUCCUCGUCCGACUCGGAUUCAUCCGGGCAAUCGCGGGACACCGUCUCGAAGCGUGUGAAGCGCAUGGUACGUCAUGGGCGCCGUCGCAAGUCCAGUGUUGCCUCGAUGGAUACGGUGGAGACUGCACAGACUGGCCCACUUCGGAGUACACCGUCCCUCGGGACCACGGUCAGCCCCACCAACGAGGACGGGCCACCCGGAGAGCAUCAGGCCCGACCGGGUGUUUUCGGCAGGACCAUCUCCUUUGAGGGCGACGAGUCGGCUAUCGAAGACGAUAGAUCGCAUCGUCGAUACCGGAGGAAGCACCACAAACGCUCCAAGCGCGAUCGCAAGCACCACAAGAAGUACCGGUCUCACACUCAUGGCACGAACAGUCCGGCUGAGGAGACGAUCGACGAAAGCCCGGAAAAUGUGGAGAAAACUACCUCGACUCCUGGCGAGCCCCGGCGUGUGGACUUUGCCCUUGAUACAGUCCCUGGGAACGCUGAAGGUACAGCUGGAGAGCCUGCUCUGGUUAGGAGACCAUUUGAUGCCCUGCUGUCCCUGAAGCCCACGGCCAAGAGCCUGGCUCCGACCGUCUUCACCCAGCAGACCAAUCAGGCGGGGAUGCCUGCAGCGACGACCGGCCCGAUCCCUCGUGUCCGGUAUGGUAUCCGCAGAACGAACUCGCUUCCGGGUCGCCUCAACACGGAGCUCCGCCCCCCUGGAGCGAUGCUGCCGUCUCAGAUCCCGGCCAGAGCCAUGCCCGCGAUCGCUGUGGCCGAGGAGGCAGCCGAGGACCCCUACGCGGACGACUUAUCUCGGACGAGUGCGGUCAUCCUGCUGCUCGCCUCGACGGGUCUGGUAGCGCUGUGUGCCGAGUUCAUGGUCGACUCUAUCAACGGACUCGUUGAGACCAGCACGAUCAGCGAGGCCUUCAUCGGUCUGAUCGUCCUGCCCAUCGUGGGAAACGCAGCCGAGCACGUCACGGCCAUCACGGUGGCCAUGAAGAACAAGAUGGACCUUGCCAUUGGUGUCGCUGUCGGCAGCUCGAUCCAGAUCGCCCUGUUCAUUACGCCGCUGACGGUCAUCCUGGGCUGGAUCAUGCAGAAGGAGAUGACGCUCUACUUCACGCUCUUCGAGACGGUGUGCCUGUUCGUGUCGGCCUUUAUCGCCAACUUUCUCGUCCUCGACGGCCGCAGCAACUACCUGGAGGGUGCGCUACUGUGUACUACGUACGUGAUCAUUGCUCUGGCUGCGUUCUUUUAUCCCAACGCCAAAGACGCCAGUGUCUGGGGGUAG